AUGGGUGAAGAAGCUAAGCAGGAACAAGCCAAGGUAGAGGCUAAGGCAGAGGAGAAGAAGGAAGAAAAUGUAGAGGAGAAGAAAGAAGAGAAAUCAGCAGAGGAAGAAAAGAAGGAAGAACCGAAGCCACCAUCUCCAUUUGUGUUGUUUGUGGACUUGCAUUGCGUGGGAUGUGCCAAGAAGAUUGGGAGGUCCAUCAAGAAGAUUAGAGGUGUGGAGGGUGUUGUGAUAGAUAUGGCACAAAACCAAGUGACCAUAAAGGGAAUAGUGGAACCUCAGGUUGUGUGUAAUAAAAUCAUGAAGAAAACAAAGAGAAGAGCUAAAGUUUUGUCUCCAUUACCUGAAAAUGAGGGUGAACCAAUGCCCCAAGUUGUUGCUUCACAGGUUAGUGGAUUAACGACUGUGGAGCUUGAUAUAAACAUGCACUGUGAGGCCUGUGCUGAUCAACUUAAGAAAAAGAUUCUCAAAAUGAGAGGAGUGCAAACAGCAGCGACAGACUUGAGCACAAGCAAAGUGACAGUGACAGGGACAAUGGAAGCAAACAAACUAGUGGAAUAUGUCUAUAGACGCACCAAAAAGCAAGCCAGGAUAGUGCCCCAACCUGAGCCUGAACCUGAACCAGCAAAGGAAGAAGAGAAGCCAGCAGAAGAAGCAAAACCAGCUGAAGAAAAGAAAGAAGCGGAAAAACCAGCAGAAGAAGGUGGUGACAAGCCUGAAAAAAAUGAGAAGAAAGAAGAUGAAGGGAAGGAGGAAGGAGUAGAGAAUAUCGACAUAAUCAACAUUGAUGAGGAAAACAUGAAGCGGAUGAUGCAUUAUUAUCAGCCACUUUAUGUGAUUGAGAGAAUCCCACCUCCUCAGUUAUUCAGUGAUGAGAAUCCCAAUGCAUGUUGCAUUUCAUGA